UACUGCUAAUUGAUGGGCUGGGCUAUUCAUGCGUUUACUCGUGGUCUCCCGCUGGAAAGAGAGCAACCAAGAAAAAUCAGCAAAAACUAAGACUCAAAAAUAACCUCAAAAUGAAGGGGGUUCUGCUGGCAGCUCUAACACUGGCCACCAUCAUCACAGGGACACUGGGUUUUCUCAGUAAGCAUCCUCAAUCACAGACUGUUGCACAGGGCUCCACUGCAAACUUUACCUGUGAAUUAAAAAACUGUGUUACCUGUCUUGUGCAUUGGACUGCUAUUGACACAGAGACUGGUCUCCAUGUCAGUGGAGACCUCAUACGUGUUGUGGCUGAUGCCAACCGUAUCACCAGCACAAUCAGCAUUCUCGCAGUAAAUAACACAGUGGUCCAGUGUGUGGAGAACAACCGCCUUGCUAGGCAAAGGAGGGAAAGACUUCACUAUAGCACAUUGGCACUACUACUCGUGGAGAAAGAAGGUACGGAGGAGAAUAUUAUUUCUCAGCAUUAUGAUUCACUUUUUUCUCACCACAGGAUCUGGAGCAGA